CCUCUGAAAUUCAAAUUUCGGAUACUCACUCUCUCUCUCCACCCUCCCCAUUUCUCUCUGUAAGAUUUCCACUCUCCGGAAACAACCACACGUCGCCGUUUCGUCAACCUAAACCACAGCGAGCGAAGAUGAAAGCCGAAGAUCAAAGCCAGAUGCAGCUAGUCGAACGCGAAGACAUCGACGAUGAAGACGACCUCUUCGAAGCCAUCGAUAAGCUGAUUGCUCAGGGAAUCAAUGCCGGAGAUGUUAAGAAGCUUCAGGAUGCUGGGAUCUACACCUGCAAUGGUUUGAUGAUGCACACCAAGAAGAACUUGACUGGAAUUAAAGGCUUAUCUGAGGCCAAAGUUGAUAAGAUUUGUGAAGCUGCUGAGAAGAUAGUGAACUUUGGAUAUAUAACUGGCAGUGAUGCUCUAACCAGAAGGAAGUCUGUGAUUCGCAUUACAACUGGGAGCCAAGCACUUGAUGAACUAUUAGGCGGAGGGGUUGAAACUCUAGCAAUCACAGAAGCCUUUGGGGAAUUUCGGUCUGGGAAAACACAGCUUGCACACACACUCUGCGUAACUACACAGCUUCCUACUAACAUGCAUGGAGGGAAUGGAAAGGUUGCUUACAUUGAUACUGAGGGAACAUUCCGGCCUGAACGAAUUAUACCUAUAGCUGAAAGAUUCGGCUUGGACCCAGGAGCUGUUCUCGACAAUAUCGUUUAUGCUCGUGCUUUUACAUAUGAGCAUCAGUAUAAUCUGCUUCUUGGUCUAGCUGCAAAAAUGGCUGAAGAGCCAUUCAGACUUCUGAUUGUGGACUCGGUGAUUGCUCUAUUUCGUGUUGAUUUUACUGGGAGAGGAGAGCUUGCAGAUCGCCAGCAAAAACUUGCACAGAUGCUUUCCCGAUUAAUAAAGAUUGCUGAGGAAUUCAAUGUUGCUGUCUAUAUGACCAACCAAGUGAUAGCUGACCCCGGUGGUGGAGUGUUCAUAUCUGAUCCAAAGAAACCAGCAGGAGGUCAUGUGCUUGCCCAUGCAGCAACCAUAAGGCUCAUGUUUAGAAAAGGCAAAGGGGAACAGCGUGUCUGCAAGGUGUUUGAUGCCCCAAACUUGCCUGAGGCUGAAGCAGUUUUCCAGAUAACUGCAGGAGGCAUUGCAGAUGCAAAGGACUGAAGUGCAACGCCUUUCUACGACACAAGAAACAAGAAAAUACUGUAAUAUUUUAAUUUCCUGCUGUAUAUAGUCAUAGUUGGUACAAAGUGGCCGUGAUAUGCAGAAAGGAGAGGCGUGGUAUAGAGUGGUAAUGAUAAGCGUAAACAUAAUGCACUAGCAACUUAUGCUAGAAGAUGAAUGACUUCAGUAUUGAAUGUUUGAGCAAGGUUACUUUACCUGAGUGCUUUU